AAAUGAGACUGUAAAAGGAGCAGUGAAAACUACAUUUCCCAUGAUGCCAUUGUUUUGCACGCAACAGCGCUACGACUUCGUUGCCAUGGGAACUAAAGCGCCGGCAUUCCCGGUUUAUCUUGGAGCUCUUGGUUCGCGAGUUCCGGGCUGGGCCGCACACCGAGCACUCCGCGUUUGGGGCGGUCUGUCACAAUGCCCAGUGAAACUCUCUGGGAAAUUGCAAAAGCUGAAGUGGAAAGAAGAGGAAGUAAUGGAAGUGAAGGGGAUGGAGUUGGAAUUGGAGACAAAUCUGUUUUCUUCAUUGGCAGUAAAAAUGGGGGAAAGACUACUAUUAUUCUAAGGUGUCUUGACAGGGACGAGCCAGCAAAACCAACCUUAGCUUUGGAAUAUACGUAUGGAAGAAGAGCAAAAGGACACAAUACAGAGUUUUGGUGUGUUUUGAGGGUUGGAGUAGAGAAAGGAGAAUGUUUGACUGUGAAGAAAGAGUUGAUUGAAGGCCGGGGAUUCUGCUGCCUGCCUCACAAGCGCAAGCCAAAAGAUAUUGCUCAUUUUUGGGAACUGGGUGGAGGAACCUCUUUAUUGGACUUAAUCAGCAUACCAAUCACAAGUGACACUUUGCGGACAUUUUCUAUUGUUCUUAUUUUGGAUCUUUCAAAACCUAAUGACCUUUGGCCCACCAUGGAAAAUCUGUUGCAAGCCACAAGAAGCCAUGUAGAUAAAGUGAUAAUGAAACUGGGAAGGACAAAUUCUAAAGCAGCUUCUGAAAUGAGACAGAAGAUAUGGAGUAAGAUGCAGAAGGACCAUCCAGAUCGUGAAUUAAUUGACCCAUUUCCCAUACCUCUGGUCAUAAUCGGAAGUAAAUAUGAUAUUUUUCAGGAUUUUGACUCUGAGAAGAGAAAAGCAAUAUGCAAGACACUUCGAUUUGUCGCACAUUAUUAUGGAGCAUCAUUGAUGUUUACCAGUAAAUCAGAAGCUCUAUUACUAAAAAUACGUGGCGUCAUCAACCAGUUGGCAUUUGGGAUUGAUAAAAGCAAAUCGAUAUGUGUGGAUCAGAAUAAACCACUGUUUAUCACAGCAGGAUUGGAUUCUUUAUGUCAGAUAGGUCCUCCUCCUGUUCCUGAUAAUGACAUUGGCAAGUUUCACGCCCAUUCACCUAUGGAAUUGUGGAAAAAGGUGUAUGAAAAGCUCUUUCCACCAAAGAGAAUCAACACACUAAAAGAUGUCAAGGAUCCCGCACGAGAUCCCCAAUAUGCAGAGAGUGAAGUUGAUGAGAUGAGAAUUCAGAAGGAUCAGGAACUGGAGCAGUACAAGAGAAAUGCUUCCAAGUCCUGGAAACAAAUUGAACUUGACUCUUGAACCUCACUCAACUAUUAUAUAUUGAUUUUUUCCUUCCCAAAAGUACACCAAGUAUAGUAUGGCCUGUGCCCAACUUCAAUAAGCACAUUUACUGAUCCCAAGAACACUGAGACUAGCGAGUGGCAUCUGCCAUCCAGUUGCUCCAGUGCAGUGAGACUUCAUAGCUAUUUGUAGUGUGUGUAUUUCAAACAAGCUAGAGAACAAGAAUUUUCAGCUGUUUCUGAGGAAUCCCUGCCUGCAUGCUGUAGAGAAGGAGCUCUCUUUUCAUCACAGGAAGCAUUAUGAUCUUAGCACACAAUACUAAUAGGAAGUUUUAUUAUAUAAUUUGAUUUUUGUACACAUCACUGUCCACUUUUGAUUUGAGACACAAAAUGUCACAUGUUGAAAGCCAUUGUGUUUUUCUCUUUUUUUGUGAAACAUUUAUUCCUAUCUAUAUUCAUUUUAAUCUCUUUAUUUUCCAUUUUAUACUGACUUUUUUCCUGAAUAAAGGUUACAUAUACCUCUUUUUGAAUUGUCUUCCAUGUCUUAAUCCCAGUCAUUGGUUAUAUACUUAUCAAUCAUUUGCAAUAGGAUAUGCUUAUUAAGCCAGUUUACUCCAGUAACCUUGUGAAUGAAAAAACAUUACAGAAGUAAGGGUAAUGUAGUUAUUUUACUGAUUCUCAUCUAAUUUCAGGAAAACUACUUCCCUAAUGCAGUAAUUCUAUCUAGUAAGUUUUUUCUAUUUCUAAACAGAAUCAGAAAGAAAAGUGAGAUCAUAGGAAAUCUAUAGUUUACUACAGAUGGUGUACUUUUCCUAGUUUGUCAAGAGUAAAUUAAUAGGCUAACAUUUUCAAAUGUAUACUUUAAUAAGUAUAAAGUAUAUAAACAAUUAGGUAAGCUUGUGGAGAAGCUGACCAAGAUACAUAAAUUAGAAGAUACAAGUAUCCAUCUAAAUUUUCUAUGUUUCUUUUUUUCUUUUUGCAGAAGAUUUUUUUUUUUUUUU